AUGGUCGCCGUCGGCACCAGCACGGAGCUGCGAGGGCUCACUCACUGCCAUCUGCCAGAGUUAUCACGCAAACAUGGGAUGAUUCCAGAGCGGUAUGUGAUGCCCUGGAAAGAAGACAUGAAGAACAGGCACUUUGCUUUAAAGCACGCAAAACUUGCUGGGAUAUAUUCUGGAGCAGUGGAAGACAGUCUGUUUUUGGAGCACAGGGAACGACAUUGCCAUGGAGAAGACCGUAAACUCCUCCGGAAGAAAAUUUCUUAUGAAAUGGUGAUUCAGGAUGUUCCUUUGCAUAGUCCGCUCUCCAGAUACCAGAAGUCCACAAUUGCUCAUGCAUGCCGGCAGAAACUCUGAUCUGUCUUUUUUCAUUUGUUUCAGUCAGGUUGGAACUGUGUAGGCCAUGAGGUUUAAAUCUGCUGCAAAAAAAACCCCUACAUGCUGUGCAGUGCAA